AUGUGGAAGUCUAAUGGCCACAAUGCGCUGCUAGAACGUCAUCCAGAAACGCACGUCAAUGUGUUAAUUGUGGGAGCUGGCGUUGGAGGACUAAUGACGGCAUUGGAAUGCUGGAGAAAAGGACAUAACAUCGUGGGGAUUCUCGAGAGAAAUAAAGGACCUGACUGUGAUCUCAUUGUCGUCCAGCCUUCGGCCAUGUCUACCAUGCGCCAUUGCCCGGAUAUGUGCCGCGACUUGGAAGAAGAUAGAGUAGACAUCCCUGAAUAUUACUGGAAACAUAAUGGGGAAUUGAUCUUCGGACCGGCCGAAGCCGGCUUCAACUACCCCGAGCUUCUGGCAGACCGAGAGGGUCUUCCGUACUUGGGUGCAGUGCAGACCCGCAAGAAAUUCUACCUAAUACUGUUGCGGCAGGUAGCCAAGCUUGGAUUCGAGUAUGUAAAGCGUGUAGAAAGAUAUUUUGAGGAUGAAGCUACAGGACUUGGGGGGGGAAUGGUUGUGGAAGACGGCUCUGUUAGAGUUGCCCAUAUAGUGGUUGCGGCUGAUGCCUCGAAAUCACGUUUAGAAUUACUUAUUGCUAGCCAGUACACAUCUGCGCAAUCAAGCGGCCCAGGCAUUCAUAUGGAGGUCUACAUAUCACCGGAUUUUGUGGCUUUGGGGGCCACGCCGCGCAGAGGCUUCCUAGCGGCAGGCAGCUCCGAGGCGAGGGAGUCGUGGGAUACAAAUAUCGACCCUAGAGGAAGUCCUCAAGGCACUUGGACAUCGAUUGGUGGGCGAGUGGUGCAAAUAGGUGACGCCGCCCAUUUCAAUGUGCCUACUUCAGCUAGUUGCGGCACACUAGCCCUCGAAGACGCUAUAACACUGGCAUCAUGUCUACAGCUGUCUUAUUGCAAUCAGAAAGUGGCGUCUGUCAACUCGCAGGGGCUGAAUUCGAUCUCUAAAAAAAAGGAUGCUAUCAAGAAGGACCCCAAGAAAGUCCGCCUCCGGUUUCCAAAGUGGUUCUUCCGGCCUGAUCCUGAGGCAUAUGCCUAUGAGAAGUAUGGAUAA